UUGCAGUUCUGGCAUAAAGCAUGUUUCCACUGCGAGACCUGCAAGAUGACCCUAAACAUGAAAAACUACAAGGGCUACGAGAAGAAGCCGUAUUGCAACGCACACUACCCGAAGCAGUCCUUCACCAUGGUGGCAGACACUCCUGAGAACCUGCGUCUAAAGCAGCAGAGCGAGCUUCAGAGCCAGAUUCGCUACAAGGAGGAGUUUGAGAAGAACAAGGGGAAGGGCUUCAGCGUGGUGGCUGACACCCCGGAGCUGCAGAGAAUCAAAAAGACUCAGGAUCAGAUCAGCAACAUAAAAUACCAUGAAGAGUUCGAGAGGAGCAGGAUGGGCCCGAGUCCCAGCGAGGGCGCUGAGCUGGAGCGCAGGAAUUCCCAGGAGAGCACCAAUUACCGGAGACCCGCAGAGCAGCAGCAUCAGCCGUCCCAUCACGUCCAACCCAGCAACCCAGGUAAGGCUGGAUGGCAGCUCUGCCCAUCUGGGGCAGGGCACGGGGAGCGUCGGUGCCCGCUGACCCCUCUCUCCCCACAGAAGCGUUUCCGCGCUGUCUACGAUUACAACGCGGCCGAUGAAGACGAGGUCUCCUUCCAGGAUGGCGACACCAUCAUCAACGUGCAGCAUGCUCUGCCGUCGCCCGCCAGAGCCGCCUCCUGA